AUGGCGAAGGAGGAAGAUGAGGAGAAGAAAGCCAAGAAAGGGAAGAAGGGGAAGAAAGCUCCGGAGCCGGAGAAACCCAAACGGAGCCUAAAGGGGACUUCCCGGCUGUUCAUGGGCUUCCGAGACCGCACGCCCAAGAUCUCCAAGAAGGGCCAGUUCCGGAGCGCCUCCGCCUUCUUCUGGGGCCUGCACACCGGGCCGCAGAAGAAAAGGCGCAAGAAGCAGGCCCGCACCGUGCUCAAGUCCACCUCCAAGCUCAUGACGCAGAUGCGCAUGGGCAAGAAGAAGCGGGCCAUGAAGGGCAAGAAGCCGUCCUUCAUGGUCAUCCGCUUCCCCGGGCGUCGCGGCUACGGCCGCCUGCGGCCCCGCGCCCAGUCGCUCAGCAAGGCGUCCACCGCCAUCAACUGGCUCACCAAGAAGUUCCUGCUUAAGAAGGCGGAGGAGGCGGGCAGCGAGCGCGCCACGGUGGACGCGUGGCUGCAGCGCUCCGGCUCCCGCGUGGGCUCCCGGAAGCUGCCUUUCCCCUCGGGCGCCGAGAUCCUGCGGCCCGGAGGCCGGCUCCGCAGGUUCCCUCGCAGCCACAGCAUCUACUCCUCGGGCGAGCCUGUCGGCUUCCUGCCCUUUGAGGACGAAGCCCCCUUCGGGCACUCGGGCUCCCGCAGGUCGCUGUACGGCCUCGAGGGCUUCCAAGACCUGGGCGAGUAUUACGACUACCACCGCGAGGGCGACGACUACUACGACCAGCAGUCGCUCUACCAGUACGAGGAGCGGGAGCCCUACCUGGCAGGCCACGCCUGGCCACCUGCUGGCCACCACCCCUACGGGUACCCGCCCGAGGACCCCUACGGCUACUACCACCACCCCGACUACUACUACGGCGACGCCUUCGACCCCGGGUACCCCUACGGCUACCCCUACAGCUACGGCUAUGGCUACGAGGACUAUGCGCCCCCGUACGCGCCCCCGGCGGGGUACUCCUCACCUUACAGCUUCCUGGAUGCGUACGAGGGCCAGGUGGACCCCUACGGCUACUACCUGGAUCCCUACGCGCCUUACGACUCGCCUUACCUGCCCUACGACCUGCCCUACGACACUCCCUACCCCCUGCCCUACCUCGACCCCUACGGGGCCCCCUACACGCUCCCCUACGCCGAAGGCGACUACGGCGGCGGUGGCGACGAGGCCAUCUACCCUCCCGGAGCGCCCUACCUUUAUCCGGAAGAACCGGCCUUCAUGUACCCCUGGGUGCCGCCACCCAUCGCCUCGCCGCACAACCCCUACGCGCACCCCAUGGAUGACAUCGCGGAGCUGGAGGAGGAGCCCGAGGAGGCGGCGGGCAGCGGGCGGCAGGGCGGCACCUCCUUCCGCCUGCCCAGCGCCGCCUUCUUCGAGCAGCAGGGCAUGGACAAGCCGGCCAGGUCCAAGCUGUCCCUCAUCCGCAAGUUCCGCCUCUUCCCGCGGCCCCAGGUCAAGCUCUUCGGGAAGGAGAAGUUGGAGGUGCCCCUGCCGCCCUCCCUGGACAUCCCCCUGCCCCUGGGGGAGGCGGACGAGGAGGAAGAGGAGGAGGAGGAGGAGGACGUGGCCCCCUUGCCCUAUGUCCACCCUUACUGGGGCUUCCUCACGCCGCGCCAGCGCAACCUGCAGCGCGCCCUGUCGGCCUUCGGCGCGCGCCGGGGCCUGGGCUUCGGCCCGGAGCUGGGCCGCCCCGCGCCGCGCCCGGCCACCUCGCUGGCCAGGUUCCUCAAGAAGACGCUGUCCGAGAAGCAGCCGCUGCCGCGGCGGCUCAGGGGCAGCCAGAAGGCGCGGCCCGGGGGUCCGGCAGUCCGGGAGGCGGCCUACAAGCGCUUCGGCUACAAGCUGGCGGGCAUGGACCCCGAGCGGCCCAACACGCCCAUCGUGCUGAGGCGGGCGCAGCCGCUGGCGCGCAACAACAACAACUCGCACCGGCCGCCCUCGCCCCCCGCGCCGCCCCGCGCCCUCCCGCACUGGAGCGCGCCCUUGGCGCCCGCGCGGCCGCCCAGCCCCGGCCCGCCGCCCUUCUCCCCGGUGCUCCCGGCCUCGCCCUACGGCUCGCUCCGCCGGCACCCGCCGCCCUGGGCCGCGCCCGCUCACGUGCCCCUGGGCGCGCAGGCCGGCUGGUGGGCCUUCGUGGAGCCCCCGCCCGUGGGCCCGGAGGCGCCGCCCGACUUCAGGGCGUUCGCGGGGCCCCGGCCUUCGUUCAGAGGCUCCCGCCACCGCCGAGGCGCGGCCUUCGGCUUCCCCGGGGCCUCCCCACAGGCAUCGCGCAGGGCCUGGACCCCCCUGCCCUCACCCCAGCCCUCGCUGAGGAACCUGCCGGGCCCCGGGUACCGCUCGCCCCUGGGGCCCCUGUCCCCCCAGCUGUCCUUCCGCCGAGGCCCCUUCCAGCCGCCCUUCCCGCCCCCGCCCCGGCGGCCCCGCUCCCUGCACGAGCCCCCAGCCCCGCGCCGGGCCUCCGGGCGCCCGGGCCCACCCCGCUCGCCGGCCCUGGGCUCGCCGCGGCCGGCCUCGCCGCCGCCUCUGCGGGGCCCGCGGCGCCGAUCUCUCGACCUGCCUUCGCGCCUGCCGCACUCGUGGCGGCGCCUCAGCGAGCCGCCCACCCGGGCCGUCAAGCCCCGGGUCCGUACGCCCUUCCACCCGCCGCCGCCGGGGCCGGGGGGCUGGCGCGGCGCCGCCGCCGCCGCCGGAGAGAGCCAGCGAGAACCCGAGGAUUCGGAGACGCCCUGGACGGUGCCCCCGCUGGCCCCCAGCUGGGACGUGGACAUGCCUCCCACCCAGCGGCCACCUUCCCCGUGGCCAGGAGGGGCCGGCAGCCUCCGAGGCUUUUCCAGGCCACCCCCUGUGCUGGAAAACCCCUUCCUCCAGCACCUGGGCCCGGUGCCGGCCCCCGGUGCACAGACUGAGAACCCAGCCUCUGACCCCGCCGGUGUUUUCGUGGGCAGACACCACGACCCCGGGCCUGGACAGCUCGCCAAAUCGGCCAGCCCGAGUCCUGAGAAGCUGGGAGAAGAAGCCGCCCCAGGGCACCCCCAGCCACCAGCAGAGCCGGAACCCCUGACACCGGCACCCUCCAAGGAUGUAUCCCCAGAGCAGAAGUCAUUAAGGCCCAGCCUGUCCUACCCAGGAGAUCAAACGAGAGCCACGUGGCCCCCGUGGCGCCGCUGGAGGACCCUGCCUCGAGCCCCAGCUCCCUUGGCGCCCACCGGGGCCCCGGCACCCCUGCCCAAAGGCGGUGAGAGGCGCCAGGCUGGACGUUUUGCUGUGGUCAUGCCUCAGGUGCAGAAACUGAAUGCCUUCCAGCACACUGGGUCUGGUACCAGCCAGCCAGCCCAGGACCCCAAGCCCAGCCCCAAGCCUCCAGCCUGGAGUCUGCGCUGGUCCCACCUCUGGCUGCCAGCAAAUGCCCACCGUGCUUGGCCACGGGCACACACCCACCCCCAGUCCUGCCGCCCGGGCCUCAGGGCCAUCUGCUUGUCCCUCAGAGGCCCCUGGGAAGCGGUUGACCCCACAAGUUGCCGGAACAAGAUGCACUCCAUUCGCAACCUGCCCUCCGUGCGGUCCCGUGAGCAGCACAGCGAGGAUGGCGUGGAGGACAUGACACAGCUGGAAGACCUCCAGGAGAACACCGUGCUGUCCAACCUCAAGACCAGAUUUGAACGGAACCUCAUCUACACAUACAUCGGCAGCAUCCUGGUGUCAGUGAACCCCUACCGGAUGUUUGGGAUCUACGGGCCAGAGCAGGUGCAGCAGUACAGCGGGCGGGCCCUGGGAGAGAAUCCUCCGCACCUCUUUGCCAUUGCAAACCUCGCCUUCGCCAAAAUGCUCGAUGCCAAACAGAACCAGUGUAUCAUCAUCAGCGGGGAGAGCGGCUCUGGUAAAACUGAGGCCACGAAGCUGAUUCUUCGCUACCUGGCCGCCAUGAACCAGAAGCGGGACGUCGUGCAGCAGAUAAAGAUCCUAGAGGCCACGCCCCUCCUGGAGUCCUUCGGGAAUGCCAAAACCGUCAGGAACGACAACUCCAGCCGCUUUGGGAAGUUCGUGGAGAUCUUUCUGGAAGGGGGCGUGAUCUCCGGGGCCAUAACCUCCCAGUACCUGCUGGAGAAGUCUAGGAUUGUAUUUCAGGCCAAAAACGAGAGGAAUUACCACAUCUUCUAUGAGCUGCUGGCGGGGCUGCCCGCCCAGCUUCGGCAGGCUUUCAGCCUGCAGGAGGCGGAGACCUACUACUACCUGAACCAGGGCGGGAACUGUGAGAUUUCGGGGAAGAGCGACGCAGAGGACUUCCGCCGGCUCCUGGCCGCCAUGGAGGUGCUGGGCUUCAGCGCCGAGGACCAGGACAGCAUCUUCCGCAUCCUGGCUUCCAUCCUGCACCUGGGCAACGUCUACUUCGAGAAGUAUGAGACGGACGCCCAGGAGGUGGCCUCGGUGGUGAGCGCCCGGGAGAUCCAGGUGGUGGCGGAGCUGCUCCAGAUCUCCCCCGAGGGCCUGCAGAAGGCCAUCACCUUCAAAGUGACCGAGACGAUGCGGGAGAAGAUCUUCACGCCCCUGACCGUGGAGAGCGCUGUAGAUGCCAGGGACGCUAUUGCCAAGGUCCUGUACGCACUGCUGUUCGGCUGGCUCAUCACCAGGGUCAACGCACUGGUGUCCCCGCGGCAGGACACACUGUCCAUCGCCAUCCUGGACAUCUAUGGCUUCGAGGACCUGAGCUUUAACAGCUUCGAGCAGCUGUGUAUCAACUACGCCAACGAGAACCUCCAGUACCUGUUCAAUAAGAUCGUCUUCCAGGAGGAGCAGGAGGAGUACAUCCGGGAGCAGAUAGACUGGCGGGAGAUCCCCUUCGCCGACAACCAGCCCUGCAUCAACCUCAUCUCGCUGAAGCCCUACGGCAUCUUACGUAUCCUCGACGACCAGUGCUGCUUCCCCCAGGCCACAGACCACACCUUCCUGCAGAAGUGUCACUACCACCAUGGCGCCAACCCGCUCUACUCCAAGCCCAAGAUGCCGCUGCCCGAGUUCACCAUCAAGCACUAUGCGGGCAAGGUCACCUACCAGGUGCACCAGUUCUUGGACAAGAACCAUGACCAGGUGCGCCAGGACGUGCUGGACCUGUUCGUGCGCAGCCGGACGCGGGUGGUGGCCCAUCUCUUCUCCAGCCACAGCCUCCAGGCCGCCCCUCAGCGCCUGGGCAAGAGCAGCUCGGUUUCCAGGCUCUACAAGGCACACACGGUGGCUGCCAAGUUCCAGCAGUCGCUCCUGGAUCUGGUGGAAAAGAUGGAGAGGUGCAACCCCUUGUUCGUGCGUUGCCUGAAACCCAACCACAAGAAGGAGCCCGGCCUCUUCGAGCCGGACGUGGUGAUGGCGCAGUUACGCUAUUCGGGGGUGCUGGAGACCGUACGGAUCCGCAGAGAUGGCUUCCCUGUGCGCCUGCCUUUCCAGGCGUUUGUCGACAGGUACCGCUGUCUGGUGGCCCUUAGGCACGAUGUACCAGCUAACGGGGACAUGUGUGUGUCAGUGCUGAGCCGCCUGUGCACAGUCAUGCCAAACAUGUACCGCGUGGGGGUCAGCAAGCUCUUCCUGAAAGAGCACCUGCACCAGUUGCUGGAGAGGAUGCGAGAGCACGUUCUCAACAUGGCCGCCCUCACGCUGCAGCGCUGCCUCCGCGGCUUCUUCAUCCAGCGGCGCUUCCGCUCGCUGCGCCGGAAGAUCGUCCUCCUGCAAAGCCGGGCCCGCGGCUACCUCGCCAGGCAGCGCUAUCAACAGAUGAGGAGGAGUCUGGUGAAGUUCCGGUCCCUGGUGCACACGUACCUGAACCGCAGGCGCUACCUCAAGCUGAGGGCAGAGCAGAGGCACCGGGUGGAGGAGGCGUGGCUGCGGGAGCAGGAGGAACUGAGCAAGCGCGAGGUGGUGGCUGUGGGGCACCUGGACGUACCUGCUGAGCUGACCGGGCUACUGCAAGCCGCAGCAGGUGCAUCGGCGCUGGGCCGCCUCAGGCUGCCCCGGGUGGCCCCCAUGCGGGCUCCUCGGAUGCUGGCCGAGCCCCGAGUCACGCUGCCCCUGGAUGUCAACAACUACCCCAUGGCCAAGUUUGCCCGGUGCCACUUCAAGGAGCCAGCCUUCGGGAUGCUGACGGUGCCGCUGAAGACGCCGCUAACCCGGCUGCCCGCCGAGCACCACACGGAUGCUGUGAGCCUCUUCAAGCUGGUGCUGCGGUUCAUGGGCGACCCCCAGCUGCGCGGAGCCCAGGAGCACCUGCUGGGGAACUACGUGGUGCAGAAGGGGCUGGCGGCGCCCGCGCUGCGGGAUGAGAUCCUGGCGCAGCUGGCUAACCAGGUGUGGCGCAACCCCAACGCCCACAAUGCCGAGCGCGGCUGGCUGCUGCUGGCGCUCUGUCUCAGCGGCUUCGCGCCUUCCUCCCGCCUGGACAAGUCCCUCCUCAAGUUCGUGUCUGAUCACGGGCGGAACGGCUUCCAGGCAGUGUGUCAGCACCGCCUCAUGCAAGCCAUGGGCCGCGCCCAGCAGCAGGGCUCGGGGGCUGCCCGCACCUUCCCCCCAACCCUGCUCGAGUGGACAGUGACCCAGGAGAAGGCCAGCAUGGCCCUGGACGUGAGCUGUUUCAACGGGGACCAGUUCUCCUGCCCGGUGCAUUCCUGGAGCACCGGGGAAGAGGUGGCUGGAGACAUCCUGAGACACAGGGGGCUGGCGGACGGGUGGCGCGGCUGGACCGUGGCCCUGAAGCAUGGAGUCCAGUGGGCGGAGCUGGCCGGCCACGACUACGUGCUGGACCUCGUGUCAGACCUGGAGCUGCCCAGGGACUUCCCGCGACAGAAGUCCUAUUUCAUUGUGGCUGCAGAAGGGCCUGUGGCCAGCAGGGGAGGCCCCAGAGUGUUGUUUGGGAACAGCUGGGACUCGGACGAGGACACGCCCCCCAGCCCCCAGCCCCAGCCCCGGGGACACGUGCCCAGUGUGCCCGACCCCGAUGGGUACUGCAGCCACCCCGAGGAGGGAACAGACGGGGAGACCGAGGCCCAAAGCGGGGCAGCGAGCCGCCAAGACUCAGCCAGCCUCGGAGAGCCUGCGGUGCCCACCAAGGGGCUGGACUGCUACCUGGACAGCCUCUUCCACCCGGUGCUGUCCUACGGGGAUGCGGACUUGGAGAAGCCCACAGCCAUUGCGUACCGCAUGAAAGGGGGCGGCCAGCCCGGUGGAGGCGGCAGCAGCAGCAGCGCGGAAGACACCCCCAUGAGACCCCCAGAGCCAAAGCCAAAGCCAAUCCCAGGCCUGGACGCCUCCACGUUGGCGCUGCAGCAAGCCUUCAUCCACAAGCAGGCCAUGCUGCUGGCCCGCGAGAUGACGCUGCAGGCCAUGGCGCUCCAGCAGCAGCCUCUCAGUCCUGCUCCGAGACCCCUGCCCCUAGAGAAACCCCUAGCACCGGAGGCCCAGCCCAAGUCAGCGGGCACUGGGCCGCCAGCCAAACCUGUGCUCCUGCGCGCCCCCACAAGGCCCUCGGCCCCCACCUCGCUGGCCACAGCCCCCCGGGUCCCCACCGCCAAGCCUGUGGCUGCCCCGAUCUUAGCUCAGGACCGGGCUCCUCCCGCCGUCACGGCACCCCCGCUGGACUUGGUGCGCCACUCCACGCUCAACUCGGAACACUUCCCGCAGCCCACACAGCAGAUCCGGCACAUAGUCAGACAGUACCAGCAGCCGCCCCGCGACGGCCGGCCCGAAGCGCUCCGGAAGGGCAGUGGGAAGAUGUUCAUGAAGCGCCCAGACCCCCACGAGGAGGCCCUGAUGAUCCUCAAGGGGCAGAUGACUCACCUGGCCACAGCACCUGGCACCCAGGUGCCCAGAGAGGCCGUGGCCCUGGUCAAGCCAGUGAGCAGCGUCCCGAGGUCAUCCGCGGCAGCUACUCCAGUGCUGCCUUCCCGGGCCCUGGAGCCCCCAGAGGAACCUGUGCAGACCCGGCUGCACCGGCUCCCCAACCCCAACUUCUACGGCUACCAGGACGCACCCUGGCGGAUCUUCCUGCGCAAAGAGGUGUUUUACCCCAAGGACUGCUACAGCCACCCUGUGCAGCUGGACCUCCUGUUCCGGCAGAUCCUACACGACACGCUCUCGGACGCCUGCCUGCGCAUCUCCCAGGAUGAGCGGUUCAGGAUGAAGGCCCUGUUUGCCCAAAACCAGCUGGACACACAGCGACCCCUGGCGACGGAGAGCGUGAAGCGGGCGGUGGUCAACACUGCCAGGGACAGCUGGGAGGUCUACUUCUCCCGCCUCUUCCCGGCCACGGGCAGCGUGGGCACGGGCGUGCAGAUCCUGGCUGUGUCCCACACGGGCAUCAAACUCCUGCGGAUGGUCAAGGGCAACCCGGAGACCAGUGCGCAGCUGCGGGUCCUACGUGCAUACAGUUUUGCUGAUAUCCUGUUUGUCACUGUGCCGUCCCCAAACAUGCUGGAGUUCAACUUGGCCAGCGAAAAGGUCAUCCUCUUCUCGGCCCGAGCCCACCAGGUGAAAACCCUGGUGGACGACUUCAUUCUGGAGUUGAAAAAGGACUCCGACUACGUGGUUGCUGUGAGGAACUUCCUGCCUGAGGACCCAGCCCUGCUGGCCUUCCACAAGGGGGACAUCAUCCACCUGCAGCCCCUGGAGCCACCUCGGGCGGGCUACAGCGCUGGCUGUGUGGUUCGGAAAAAGGUGGUGUACCUGGAGGAGUUGAGACGCAGAGGCCCCGACUACGGCUGGCGCUUCGGGACCGUCCACGGGCGCGUGGGCCGCUUCCCUUCCGAGCUGGUGCAGCCGGCCGCCGCCCCCGACUUCCUACAGCUGCCGGCGGAGCCCGGUCGGGGCCGCGCUGCCGCCGUGGCAGCUGCUGUGGCCUCCACCGCGGCUGCGCAGGAGGUGGGCCGCCGGAGAGAGGGCCCCCCGGUGAGGGCCCGCUCUGCUGACCGCGGGGAGGAGGCGCUGGUGCUCCCGCAGUCCGCGAUGCUGGAAUUUGCCCAGAAGUAUUUCCGAGACCCCCAGAAGAAGCCCCCGGACGGCCUGCGGCUGAAGUCCAAGGAGGCCCGUGACUCCAGAACCUGGGAGGACAUGCUUUGCUUCACCAAGACGCCGCUGCAGGAGUCCCUCAUCGAACUCAGUGACGGCAGCCUCAACAAAAUGGCCACGGACAUGUUCCUAGCUGUGAUGAGGUUCAUGGGGGACGCUCCCCUGAAGGGCCAGAGUGAGCUGGACGUGCUGUGCACCCUCCUGAAGCUGUGCAAGGACCACGAGGUCAUGCGGGAUGAGUGCUACUGCCAGGUCCUGAAGCAGCUCACAGACAACACCAGCUCCAAGCAGGACAGUUGUCAGCGAGGCUGGAGGCUGCUCUACAUUGUGGCCGCCUACUACAGCUGCUCUGAGGUGCUCCAGCCCUACCUCACUCGCUUCCUCCAAGCUGUGAGCCGGACCCCGGGAAUGCCCUUCCAGGGGAUCGCCAAGGCGUGCGAGCAGAACCUGCAGAAGACGCUGCGUUUCGGCGGCCGCCUAGAGCUGCCCAGUAGCAUGGAGCUCAAGGCCAUGCUGGCAGGCCGCAGUUCCAAGAGGCAGCUCUUUCUUCUUCCUGGGGGCCUUGAACGCCAUCUCAAGAUCAAAACGUGCACGGUGGCCCUGGACGUGGUGGAGGAGAUCUGUGCGGAGAUGGCGCUGACACGGCCCGAGGCUGCCACCGAGUACGUGAUCUUCGUGGUCACCAACCGAGGCCAGCACGUGUGCCCGCUCAGCCGCCGCGCCUACAUCUUGGACGUGGCCUCGGAGAUGGAGCAGGUGGAGGGCGGCUACAUGCUCUGGUUCCGGCGCGUGCUCUGGGAUCAGCCACUCAAAUUCGAGAACGAGCUGUAUGUGACGAUGCAUUACAGCCAGGUCCUGCCCGACUAUCUGAAAGGCCUCUUCAGCAGCGUGCCGGCCAGCAGGCCCAGCGAGCAGCAGCUGCAGCAGGUGUCCAAGCUGGCCGCUCUACAGCACCGCGCCCAGGACCGCUUCUACCUGCCCAGUGUGAGGGAGGUCCAGGAAUACAUCCCGGCCCAGCUCUACCGCACCACAGCUGGCUCAGCCUGGCUCAACCUGGUCAGCCAGCACCGGCCGCAGAUGCAGGCGCUCAGCCCCCACCAGGCCCGGGCCCAGUUCCUGGGCCUCCUCAGUGCCUUCCCCAUGUUCGGCUCCUCGUUCUUCUUCAUCCAGAGCUGCAGCAACGUCACGGUGCCUGCUCCCUGCAUCCUGGCCGUCAAUCAUAACGGGCUUAACUUCCUCAGCACCGAGACCCACGAGUUGAUAGUGAAGAUACCACUGAAGGAGAUCCAGUCCACACGGACGCAGCGGCCCACAGCCAGUUCCAGCUGCCCCUAUGUGGAGAUCGCCCUGGGGGACGUGGCGGCCCAGCGCACCAUGCAGCUGCAGCUGGAGCAGGGGCUGGAGCUGUGUCGCGUGGUGGCCGUGCACGUGGAGAGCCUGCUCAGCGCCCGCGAGAAGAGGCUCACGCUGCCUCCCAGUGAGAUCACGCUGCUCUGA